AUGGUAAAGAGUCGAUUUAGUGCCACCACUGUUCACUUAGAACAUAUUACAACAGCGUUAAACUGUUUGACACCUUUUGGGAGUAAGGAUGAUAUAUUGAUAUAUAUUGAUCAUGAUGGACUUUCCUUUGUUAAAGAUAACAACGGUGUUAUACGUAUUUCUCUUUUGCUGGCGAAAGAGUUGUUUAGCUCAUAUCAUUUUGCUACCACUGAAUCAAACCAAACUGACAAUGAUGGUGAUGACCUUGAUUACAUGAAGCUUUGUGUUAAGAUAAAUCACAUAUUGGAUAGUGUUAGUGUGGUAAAUAAGAAUUUGGAUGAUGUUGUUGAGUGUAUUUUAUCCUAUGAUGGACGCGGUUCUCCGUUUUCUCUUACCUUUGAGGACUCAAUGAUAUCUGAGAGAGUGGAUUAUUCCACAUAUCUGAUCAAGGAGAUGGAUACUUCUGCGUUAGAGUUGGAUAGACAAAAAAUUAUACUUGAAUGUAUUUUGAAAGGAGAGGUAAUGCACUCAGCCUUAAAAGACUUGAAAGAGAUCAAUUGCAAAGAUAUAUACUUAUAUGCAAACGUCACGAGUAAUGGGGACUCGACCCUAGCAUUCAUUUCAAGAUCCCAAUUAGGCUUGUCUAAGAUAAAAUUUCCGAGUAAUAAAAAUGUUAUAGAAAAGCUUGAAAUUUACGACAACAACUCAACAACAAUGUGCUAUGAUAAACCUGUAAUUGGCUAUUUUAACUAUACUUCCUUUAACAAGAUAAUACUGAGCACGAAGAUUGCCAGUAAGAUACUACUGAGAAUGGAUGUUCACGGGAUUCUAAGCAUAAAUAUAUUAAGUCACACUGAUAAUGUUAUGAUGUCUGAGGAUAAAUUUACCAAGCAAUCUUCUAGUACCUCCAGUAAACGGUAUAACUCCAUGCAACUUCCAAAGGACUACCCCGGUAUAGUAAUAGAUGUCUGCAUGAUAGAGAAAGAGCCACUAGAUAUGUAUGCCCAAGAAGAAAUACAUCAAUUUAUGGGAAGCGGUGCAAUAACUGGAGUACCUAAUUCAAAAGACUCUGCCGCCGACGUACCUCAACAUAAUCUAUUAAGCCACCCGGUUACGGAAUACGAAUCGAAUUCGAAUACGAAAGAUACUUCAUCUAGUAGUAAUAUGAAUGAAGACCUACCUAUAUUUUUCUGA